CGCAGAGCGUCUACAAUGAACUACGAUAAAUUUACAACUAACUUUUUUUAAUCUGAACAAAUAAACUCAUCAUUGUCUUUGUAUUAAACGAUUAUCGUAGUUGCUAGCUAUUUAGUCAUUAACAUGAGGAAGAAAGAUCGCAUAAUCCUGUCUUGAUUUAGUCACAGAAAAGAAGAAAAGCUCACGGGAUGUUAAGUGGCUAUCACAUCAGACAGGGAUCGUGAGUGUAAAGCCCAUCCAGAAAUAAAAAAAUGCGGCAUAACGAUUGAUUUGCAUGCGGCAGAAUAUACAGAACGGGCGUGCAACACCAUUUGGGCUAGACUUAAGAUGAGCAAUUGAGAUCCUAGGCUUAUCUUGAUUGGGAUAUCAUAUAACGCAAAAUUAAAAUAAAAAAUGGGUUAAUCCAGUCACCACUUAAGAGCAUUAUAACUAUUUGUACAAUAUGUUAAAAAGUGGGAGUUAAAAAGUUAAAACAAAAACAAAUCUACAAUAACGGAUACUCCAACUUGAUUUUUAAAUUUCACAUAGUGGUUCAUUUUUAGGAUAUCUUCAUUAUUGUCUCUGGUGAUAAGUAGACUGAUAUUUUUUUAUUUCGGCAUAUCCAAAUUUUUUGCUUCUAUGUAUUCGUCCCUCGCGCAGUCCUCACAGCUUAUUAUUCUUAAGUUUAUGAAUUCAGUUGCGUUCUGAUGUCAACAUGUCGCCACAGCGUCGAUGUAUUCUAAUCGUAUUAUUGGCAGCGGGAGUAAUAAACGCGUCUCCGAAAGUCAACGAUGUACACGACAAGCAGCAAAACUGUGAAAAUUCUCCGCAAGGCCACGUCUUCAACGAAGCCCAGGUUAUUGGCACAUGGCACCCGCAACAACACAAAUCAAAGAAAACUUACGCAUUCGGGGACUCCGAAUGUGUUCAAUUAACUUCGGUCAACGAACAGGAAAGAAACGAAUUAAAAGAAAUGAUCGGGAAUUACGUCGACAAAAUGAAAUGGGAGAACUUAACUCUGAGAAUGCAAAUACCUUGUCCGAGUGACAAACAUAAUGUAACCAAAGACUAUUAUUUAGAGCGUCUUGAGGGCGACGGUUUUUACAGGACUCUAAACAUGCCUCCGCCGACUGCUAAACUGGAAUUCGGCGUCUUUCGUCGUUACCCAAUACGUUUGAAGAUCAUCGAGAAUGAGUACCUUGGUAUAAUGGACUGUCACGUGUUCCUUUUAGGCAAAGAGCCAUCUGACGGUACAAAAGUCGACGAACGCCUAAACAAAAUAACGCAAAUAUAUUGGCCAGACGACAUAUAAGAAACAAAAACAAUUAUUGUUAUUAAGCAUUAGUGUUGUAGUGAUUUAGAAUGUAAUAUGUAUUGAUAUAUUUUCAAUAAAUGCGACACAUUUGUAGUCUCUUUUGCACCGA